UUAUUUGUCUGUUUGUACCCUGAAUUAUGCAGAUUAGAGAAAUCCUGGGUGUGGGUGUAUUGCAAGUUUCAUCACCUCCUCCAUGUAUUAAACAUGUUCAAUUAUGUUUUCCUAUGAAUAUGGAAGCUCGCUAUUUUCCCCUUAUGAAUUGGUUGCUUUCAAGUUGCUUCCCGAAAACUAUUUCAUUCUGCUUGCAAUCUAAUUUUAACAUGAAGGCAUUCAUUGUGUUUUUCUAUGAGAUGCUGAUGGAUAGAAAGAAGUGCGGGUGCUAUCUCCGUUCAAGGAGCAAACAGUGUUGUUGGCAUGGGUUGAAGGUUGUGAAGGUCACACAUUUAGAAAGGACUUAUGAAAAUGUUGAAGAUCUUAAAGCCAUGUUAGAUGCAUUGCCAGAAUCCCCUGUUGAGGAAUUAAUCACUUUUGGCUUAGAGUUGUAAUCUUGCCAGACAUGCAUUCCCCAUUUGAGUUUCUUAGAUGUGUGUGCGUAUGCAUUUAUCUUAGUGCUUAUGUAUAUACUAAGUUAAAUCUUUUUGCUUAACAUAAUCUACUAGUGACACAGUAUAUUUGGAUAUCAUUUAUUAGAAUUUUCUAGAUUCUGCCAUCAAUUGAAUUCUGGAAUUUCAAUUUAAGCGGAAUAAUGUGGUUGUUCUAGGUGAAAGUGCAAAAUGAAUGAUACAAGCAAUGGUAUUGUGACC